UGGUAAGAUAUUUCAUCAUUCAGCUCCUGUAGUAGGAGAAUCUCUGUUUGUAUGGGGAGGGAACAGGCCUGACCAUCCUAAAGUACAUGAAUCUCCUCAAAAGAUGAAGUUGUACUCCACCAUUGACAGACUGGACUUUAGGACUGGUCGUUGGUCCUCUCACGUGACCAGAGGAACGUCACCUCCUCUAGGACCUGAAGGAUACUUCUGUACCAUCAGAAACAAUGACAUCUUUUAUAUGGGCGGCUACUGUGGACAUGACAACUGCUAUCAUAAUGACGUCAACUUAUUUAAUACUUUAACUUAUGAAUGGAAUAAGUUAAUGUCAAGUAGCGAUAUUGUAAUGAAGAGAGGGUAUGGUGGUAUGGUGUGUAUGGAGUCUAUGGGUACAGAAUACCUUGUAGCAAUAGGUGGGAUUGGCUCUACACCCACUACAUACCAAUCACAGUAUCAAUAUGAUCAGAUGGUUAAUGGCCAUGUUCAUACUAAUGAACAUAAUUUAUUAAAUUUAUCAACAAGACAGUGGAUUAUUCCAACUAUUAGUGGACAGUGUUGUCCUCCUACUUCUGGCUUUACUCUUACAAAGAUCAGUAAUAAUAAAUCUGUCUUGUUUGGUGGAUUAGUGAUUGGUGAUGAAAGAUAUGCUGUACCUGUUAAUAAUGUCUAUACAUGUCAACUUGAAUCUGAUACUACAAUACACUGGGAGAGUGUUAAGGGACCAGUAGUACCUGCUAGUGUACAGUGGCCUGUGGAAAGACAUGGUCAUGCUAUUACUAGUAUCAUCAGUGACUCACCUACACUAGUAAUGAUAGGUGGACAGGGUAAUGAUGGUCAACUAGUAAAUGAUAGUUGGUUACUUGAUACCAGUCAGUACCAGUGGAGUAAGAUUGUUCUACCUGAAUCUGUUACUGGUAGAAAGUCUCAUUCCUUAUCACCAAUAAUGAUGAGUCCAGACUGUGUGUGGUUGGUGGUAGUGGGUGGGGCUGGAGCAACUGAAUGGAGAGAUGUAGGAAGAGGAGUAAAGAAACCAUUUAGUACAUGUAUCACUGAUCCUAAUAUCACAAUGUUAAUAGAACUAGGUAAAAACUGAGCUACAUGUACAUGUACUAUUAUUUUAUGAUAUCACCUCUUCUUCCUUGCUUUCUACCUUUCAUUCUUCUGACCUUUAUCCACUCC